AGCCAAAAACCUGCCAGUGAAAAAGCUGCGAGGAAGGCAAACGUGGACCUGUUUUAUUUCUAGCAGGAGGUUUCAUAACACACGGGAGGAGAAGCUGCAAAGCCAUGUGAGGAGGGACAAGGGAGGAAGACGAGGAGGGACGUCUUUUACUGUGAUCACCUUGCACUGAAAUUAUCAGAAGGGAUUAAGAGAGGAAGGAAGGCGGCUGAAAGACGGACACAGAAAUGGGGAAGAACAGCGAGAUGGAAAUGGUGUCCGAAGCCAAACACCUUCAAAAUGGACAUUUAGGAGAGAGGGAAGACAAUGAUGAAAAGACAGAAAAGAAGAAGGAAAAAGAGGCGAAGGAGGCCAUGGUUGGCCCAUUCUCACUAGUAAGCUCUGCUGCAACCUCUGAUCUUCUGCUGUUUGCAGACUACUGGGACGUUAUGAUGAUUUGUAUUGGGACUGUGAUGGCUGUAGCCAAUGGGGCCGUGCUCCCUCUCAUGUGUAUUGUCUUCGGAGACAUGACAGAUAGUCUGGUGAACAGUGCAUCCAACGUCAGCAACCCCAAUGUCACAAUUCCAGGGAACAUGACCUACCCUUUAGAAGAGGAAAUUACUACCUUUGCCAUCCACUACUCCAUCCUGGGAGCUGUUGUGCUGAUUGCGGCCUACCUGCAGGUGUCCCUCUGGACGCUGGCGGCCGGACGGCAGGUGAAAUGCAUCCGCAAGUUGUUUUUCCAUAGAAUCAUGCAGCAGGACAUUGGCUGGUUCGAUGUCAACGAGACAGGAGAACUCAACACGCGUCUCACAGAUGACGUCUACAAAAUCCAAGAGGGAAUUGGUGACAAGGUGGGGAUGUUGAUCCAAAGUUUCAGCAGCUUCAUCGCAGCUUUCAUAAUCGGUUUCACCCGAGGCUGGAAACUCACGCUUGUUAUCCUGGCCGUGAGCCCGGCCCUGGGCAUCUCAGCUGCGCUUUUCAGUAAGUUGCUGGCGAACUUCACUACCAAAGAACAGAGUGCGUAUGCCAAGGCUGGUGCUGUAGCGGAAGAAGUUCUCUCUGCCAUCAGGACAGUGUACGCCUUCAGCGGUCAAAAGAAGGAGAUUGAGAGGUAUCACAAGAACUUGGAGGAUGCUAAGUCGAUGGGAAUAAGGAAGGCAAUCUCUGCCAACAUCGCCAUGGGGUUCACCUUUCUGAUGAUUUACCUGUCUUAUGCUCUGGCCUUUUGGUACGGCAGUAUCCUCAUCCUGAGUAAGGAGUACACCAUUGGUUCUGUGCUCACAGUGUUCUUUGUUGUGAUUAUUGGAGUGUUUGCGAUGGGGCAGACGUCUCCCAACAUCCAGACGUUUGCUAGCGCCCGCGGAGCUGCAUAUAAGGUGUACAGCAUCAUUGAUCAUAACCCAACCAUCGACAGCUUUUCAGAGACGGGCUUUAAGCCAGACCUCAUCAAAGGGAACAUAGAGUUCAAAAACAUCCACUUCAGCUACCCCUCUAGGCCUGACGUCAAGAUAUUAGACAAAAUGAGGUUAAGUGUGAGCAGUGGACAGACCAUGGCGUUGGUAGGCAGCAGCGGAUGUGGUAAAAGCACGACGAUCCAGCUGCUGCAGAGGUUCUACGAUCCUCAGGAAGGAUCUGUAUCUAUUGAUGGUCACGAUAUCCGCUCACUGAACGUGUGCUAUCUGAGGGGAACGAUCGGCGUGGUGAGCCAGGAGCCCAUCCUGUUUGCCACCACUAUUGCUGAGAACAUCCGCUAUGGCCGACUUGAUGUGACGCAGGAGGAGAUUGAACAAGCUGCCAAGGAAGCCAACGCCUACGAGUUCAUCAUGAACCUUCCUGAUAAGUUUGAGACACUAGUCGGCGACCGAGGAACUCAGAUGAGCGGAGGACAGAAGCAGAGGAUUGCGAUUGCUCGAGCUUUGGUCCGCAAACCCAAAAUCCUUCUAUUGGAUGAAGCCACGUCUGCUCUGGAUGCUGAGAGUGAGACCAUUGUGCAAGCUGCACUCGAUAAGGUGCGACAGGGUCGUACCACUCUGAUUGUGGCUCACCGCCUCUCAACAAUCAGAAAUGCUGACGUGAUUGCAGGCUUCCAGAAAGGUAACGUUGUGGAGCUGGGCACUCACAGCGAGCUGAUGGAGAAACGCGGAGUCUACCACACGCUGGUCACCAUGCAGACCUUUCAGAAAGCAGAAGAGGGGGAGGAUGAUGGCGAUCUGUCAUCGGGUGAAAAGAGUCCCAAAGAGUCCGUCAUUGAGCCUCCACUGCUGAGGAGGAAGUCUACAAGAGGCUCCUCGUUCGCUGCUUCCACUGGAGAAAAGGGAGACAAAGCAAAAGCAAAGGAUGACGAGGAGAAAACAGAAGAGGAGGAAGAUGUCCCCCCGGUGUCGUUCUUUAAAGUGCUGAGUCUCAAUGCCUCUGAGUGGCCUUAUAUUCUAGUGGGGCUGAUUUGUGCCAUCAUAAACGGAGCCAUACAACCUCUGUUUGCCAUCCUCUUUUCCAAGAUUAUCACUGUGUUUGCAGAGCCUGAGCAGGACGUUAUCAGGCAAAGAUCCAACUUCUUCUCCCUCAUGUUUGUCACUAUCGGAAUCGUUUGCUUUUUUACCAUGUUUCUACAGGGAUUCUGUUUUGGAAAAUCUGGAGAAGUUCUCACCUUGAAGCUGAGGCUUGGGGCCUUCAAGUCCAUGUUGAGACAGGAUCUUGGGUGGUUUGAUAGCCCCAAAAACAGUGUUGGGGCACUCACUACAAGACUGGCAACAGAUGCAGCCCAAGUACAGGGGGCCUCGGGAGUACGCCUGGCUACAUUCGCCCAGAACUUUGCCAAUCUUGGCACUGGUAUGAUCCUGGCAUUUGUGUACGGCUGGGAGCUGACGCUGCUGAUUCUGGCCGUGGUGCCCGUCAUUGCGUUGGCCGGAGCCGUGCAGAUGAAAAUGCUCACCGGGCAUGCAGGCGAGGACAAGAAGGAGCUGGAAAAGGCUGGAAAGAUUGCUACAGAGGCUAUAGAGAACAUUCGUACCGUUGCCUCUCUCACAAGAGAACCAAAAUUUGAGUCUUUGUAUCAGGAAAAUCUUGUAGUCCCAUAUAAGAACUCUAAGAAAAAGGCCCAUGUGCACGGCUUUACCUUCUCCUUCUCCCAGGCUAUGAUGUACUUUGCCUACGCAGCCUGUUUCCGUUUCGGAGCCUGGCUUAUUGUGAUGGGAAGGAUGGAUGUGGAGGGAGUAUUCCUGGUGAUUUCUGCUGUUCUUUUCGGAGCCAUGGCUGUCGGUGAGGCCAACUCCUUCGCUCCAAACUACGCCAAAGCCAAAAUAUCUGCUUCCCACCUCCUUAUGCUGUUGAACAAAGAGCCUGAGAUCGACAAUUUGUCAGAGGAGGGAGAGUCGCCCGAUAUAUUCGAUGGUAACGUGAGCUUUGAGCACGUGAAGUUUAACUAUCCAUCACGGCCAGAUGUGCCCAUCCUGCGAGGCCUGAAUCUGAGAGUGAAGAAGGGAGAGACUCUGGCCCUGGUUGGGAGCAGCGGCUGUGGAAAGAGCACCACCAUCCAGCUGCUGGAGAGGUUCUACGACCCCAGAGAGGGCAGAGUGGUGAUGGACAGCAUCGAUGUCAAAAAGCUCAACAUCCACUGGCUCAGAUCUCAGAUUGGCAUUGUGUCCCAGGAGCCAGUGCUGUUCGACUGCACGCUGGCGGAAAACAUCGCCUACGGGGACAACAGCCACAGCGUAACCUUGGAGGAGAUAGAGGCAGCCGCCAAAGCCGCCAACAUUCAUAACUUCAUAGAUGAACUGCCUCAGAAGUACAACACUCAGGCGGGUGAUAAGGGAACACAGCUGUCCGGCGGUCAGAAGCAGCGGAUAGCCAUCGCCCGGGCCAUCCUCCGCAACCCCAAAGUGCUGCUCCUGGACGAGGCUACCUCUGCUUUGGACACAGAGAGCGAGAAGGUGGUGCAGGAUGCUCUGGAUCAGGCCAGCAAGGGCAGGACAUGCAUCAUCGUGGCCCACCGUCUCUCCACAAUCCGGAAUGCCGAGCGCAUCGCUGUAUUCCAGGGAGGCGUGGUGGUGGAACAGGGGACGCAUCAGCAGCUGCUGGCAAAGAAGGGAGUCUACCACAUGCUGGUCACCACACAGCUGGGCCACGGGACAGUGUGAAAGGAGGGUGGGAACUACUCUUGGUCUGUUUAAGAGCUUCAAGGAGGGCAAGAAGAAGCACUUUGUGCCUUCACAUUAAUGCACUUACACUGAUUUAUACAAAGCAACUUCAGUGGAGAAACUGGGACUGAAAGAGAUAGCUGCCCCUUGUGAGUUACACUGUUAGUUCUUAUAAAUUGUACUGCUGUACUGUUGAUUUGCUGUUGACACUUUAUGGAUCUUUUUAUACAAAAAACAGGUUUGCUUUGUGAUAGUACAAAAAACUGGAUUGUUUUUGUCUUUUUCCCUCGUGACAUGGUUUUACAGGAAAUGGUUAAAACAAAUUACAAUUUCUUCUGCUUUAAAGAAUCAGUUAAUUAUCUCAGAUGAACUUAAACAUGUUCAUGGAGGCAUUUUUUUCAUUAACUGAACUACUUUUUUAAACCUCGUCUCUGCUUAGGUUAUUUUGUGGGAUACAAGUAAGAUUGGGGGCUGCUGUUCUUAAGUUUGGGUAUUUUCAAUCUGGUUUAUUCCAUGAAAAAUAUAAACAUCUUAAGCAACAAAAACAGAAAAUAUUUUGUUUAAAUAGGUGAGUACAAACUGAAAUAUGAAUAAUUGCCAAUAAAACUCCUACAUGUUUCACUGGAAAUGUUUUAAUUUUUAAGAUUUAUACAUCUGUGUAAGGCCUUGUUCAUGCCUGUUCAUUUUAGGGUGGAAUGCAUUUAUGCAAUAUUUAAUAUCUUAUGCAUCUUAAAGUGUAAUAUAGAAGCAAUGUCCUGUCAGAUAUGCCUUAAAUCCCGGGACCACUGAUGCAGAGGUUCAUUGAUGCUUUAGUAACAUUUUGGGAGAAUAACUGAUAUAAUAAAAUUGUGUAUUCAAGCAUUGA